CAUACGUGGAAGGAUGAUGUGGCUUGUCCGUCUCUUCUUCGUUCGCGUCUUAUUUGUUCAUUCCAUGAUAUCGCUGCUGCUUGCGAGUGACAGCAUCAAGUGCAAAUCAUAUGGCUCUGUACAUUCAUUCUUGUUUGAAGGCUAUGAAAGUGGUAUCAACAGCAGAAAGAGGAUGAUCCCGYUUGUCAAGACAGCAGGCACAAAUUUAGAACGAGCAACGACGAGAUCGAGGUCGCAAUUUAGAACGAUUGGCUCGCAUGCUGAACAUAGAUUGACUUCAACAACGGUACAUGCAGGAGGAGAGAAUUCAGCAUCGGAGCCGCUCUCGAGAUCAGAACUGGGGACGAAAUUUGUGGAGGAAAUAGAAGAAUCUCUUCGAGAAAACAAUUUUGUAUCACUUAUUCUUCGCGGACCAAAGAAGAAAGGAAAAAAGAAAGGCRAUGGUGGGGACGAUUUACGUGGAUCAAUUCGACAGGUUUUAGGAAGAAUCAUUAAAAUAUCAACUCCAAAAAAGAAAAGGAAAAGACGACCAAAGAAAUCCCAUAGCGAAUCCGACGAUGAUACAAUGCUAGUAUUACAGAUGACAGUAAAAUAUCAUGGAGCCACGGAUAUUUGCAAAAAUUUUSGUCUUUCYGAGGCUCCGAAAACAAUUCAUGAUCUUAUAGUUGGUGAUCCAGCAGAAAUGGCGUCAGAGUGGGGAGUGGAAGCUGUGCGAGCGCAAUCUAUUCAAAGUGCUCAGUUGGUGACAACAAAUAAAAUCUACGAUUUAAGAUUGGAUGAUGGAACGAUACGAAAACAGAAGGUCAAAAAUACUGACGGUAGUGUUCCGUCUUCAGCUAUACCGGCAUCUCACGAUCGUGUAAAACAAGUYCCUCUGUCGAAUAAGGCAGAGUUUUUCAAAGUUUUAGGAGUUACUAAGGACGAUGGGCAGCCUAAACCUCGUAUGAAGGGGAAGCUUCGACAGUGCCAGAAAUUCGUAGAAAUAGUAGGCAGGAUCGUUGACGAGUGCCAAAAACAAAAAAAGAAGGACAUCUCUGUCGUUGAUAUGGGUUGCGGCCGAGCAUAUUUGACAUUCGCUCUUCAUUCGUAUCUACAAGAGCGGUACGGGUCAGUGACUACGACAGGGGUUGACGUGCGACCGAAACUAGUUGCUGAGAUAUCAGGCAUCGCUCGAUCGCUCGGUAAAAGUUUCGACUCCUUGAACUUCGAACAAGGAACUAUUGAGAAAGUGGUCGCACAAGUUUCUACUCAUCAAAAUCAAGACAAAGAUAAAAAUUCAYUGAAUGUUCUCGUUGCUUUGCAUGCCUGUGAUACAGCUACCGACGAUGCAUUAUAUUCUGGAAUUGCKCAGAAUGCCGAUGUAAUCGUGGUGGCGCCAUGUUGCCACAAACAAAUUAGGCCACAAGUCAAUGCUCAUUUCUCAUCCACAAGGCAAAAUAACGCUUUGUCAUCAAUUCUGAAACAYGGUGUCUAUCGGGAACGCAUGAGUGAAACGGUUACUGAUAGUUUGAGAGCACUUCUCUUAGAGUUCGCCGGAUACAAAGUUCAGGUGUUUGAGUUCAUAGGCGGAGAACACACCAGUAAAAAUGUCAUGAUCACAGCAAUAAAGUCUAGUACAAAGCAAUCUCAAUCGGAGACAGAAAGUAUCCGGCAGCAGAUCAYGUCGUUAGCGGGUCUUUAUGGCAUAAGCUACCAGAAAUUAGCCAAUUGGAUGGAAUUUGGCCCAUUAUCAGAACAUUCGACUAAGGAUGGUGCUUCAAGCAAAAUGAAGACUAACAARGUAUCGAAGAUAAGGAUGCCACGAGCGCGUCCGCGAUAGUUUGAGACAUGUAACGAAGUUAAAUUUUCUUGCACAUAUUUUGAGUGGRUCAGGUCCAGCGUUAAUUCCGUCAUUAGYACCUCUGGCGUGACAGGCUCGUGAGAAAUCCCGUCUUCCAAGACAACMGUUUUUAGACUUGUUCAGGUGCGGUAAGAAUAMCCUAGUGUGAGUGAGCCGUAUGAGUGAGCCAACGUAACAGUCAAUGAGUAUCAAUCAUUGAUAUCAAGAACACCAUACCAAACUACUCCUUGGGGUUUUCGUUGAUUUCUGAUUUCCGGGAUCGAUUUUCAAGUCAUUAAAUUGUUCGUAUUCUGCUUCAGUUGUAAAGCAACAAUGACGACAUUGAAAAAUUCCGCAGAGAAAUGUCUGAAGUCACCGAAAGUCCCGUACCCGACCACAAAGAGGAUGGCUGGCAACAAGGGAAAAGUCUUUUCUGCAUACUUUUUUCUCGCUUUUCUUCGUCAAGUAGGUCUGACUCCGUUAAUCACGACGAGGUAUUGAAACCUCUGUAUUAUAUUGUUGGUGAUUCCAGCUCGGAGCAAAUGGAGGCAACCGUUCAGAGUAUAGAAGAUGAUCAAUCGAAGGAGAAGAAUGAAACAGAAACCAACAACUCUCAGCAAUCACGGCUGUUAGGGCGUACGAAUUUGCAAUUUCAUGGUUCUAAAGAAUCUCCUGAUGGUGUAACUUUUGAAACGCUCUCAGUAAAAAGGUUCGGCAAUGAUGAAUCUAUGCUCUUUCGAAGCGCAAACUCGACCACCAUUAAUAAGAGAAUUGAUGUUGAAAAAAAUGCAAACUAUGCUUCGAAAAUGAGCUUAUUUGCAAUGCUACAUACACUAUCAAUCGCUAUAGGAAGGAGGUCUUCAGGUUGUCGCCGCAAAUUAGGYCGAAUCUUCAAAUUCACGUGUUUGCGUGGAUCUAGCAGGCAUUCGAAGUGCAAGUCCCCUUCUAUUUCUAUGGAAUGCUCGUGUGAGCAUGAAACAAAAUGUGAUUCUCAUUCCAAAUCUGAGGAAGAUUCUUGCGACGAGCAUUCCUCGCAAAGUAAAACAAAAGACGAGAAKAGCUAUUCAGACGAUACGUCAGUUGAAGAAAUUACRACCUUGGGCGUGGCUUACGCACACCCAGUGUACACUGGAAAACGCAAGUUAAUGAAGCCAAAGGCGAAGCCGGCUAUCAUAACGGAUUUCUGGCAGAAAUUCGAAGUGGAUUUCGCUCUCGAAAACAACAAAUUCAGUCUUCCCUUAACUGAAACUGUCGUGGAGACUACUACGGCGAAAAGCUGGGGAAGCAUUGCUUCCUCAUCGMUUUAUCCUACAGAUGAACAGAGUAUUGAYGAGGAUUUUUUCUACUGCAAUAGUUUUGAUUCUGAUGUCGAUCUUCCCUUCGACGAGACAUCCGGAGAUUACUAUUGAAUAUGUCUUCUCUAUAUUCUGGACUGUCUGACAAAGAAUUUUUGUCUGAAGCUUCCAUGAGAGUUGGACUGAUUACCCAGCACCAGUACUACAACUGUUAUUAUACUACUGGCACUUGUAGUACUAGUACUAUUACAUUGCUGGUGCAUACGUUGAAAGGACGAGAAAGUGGUGUUGUUCUUGUAGGAAGAUAUUAGCAGGUACAUCACUUCUUUUACUAAUUCAUA